UUGGAAAGUUGUUGACACGGUUUGUGCGCGUUGCAAGCAACAAUAAUUGAACAAAUAUUUCUGAGGUUAUUUUUAUACAUUAUAAUCAAAGUUGGAUUGCGCAAGAUGUGUGGGUCGCUACUGUCAAAGUUUAAAUCUGCAAACAACAAGAUCGAUCCAGCAAUGAUGAUUUUUCCGGAGCCGCGACGAGUCGCGAGUACAAUGGAGCUUGCCAACCAAUGCGCGGCGUGUUUUCAGGACCGAGAGUUCUGGAAAGACAAAGAACAACCGGUCCGGGGCAAGAGUUCACUCCGCAAUGACAGUUCAAGCGAUUCUGAUGAUUCCUCGCUCGAAGAAAUAGAAGCUGCCAUGCGCGCAUUGGCCAACGAAAGAGUCAGUGUGCCACCUGUGCGAAGCAAUAGGAAUAACAGGCUUCGUGCUGCAGACCGUAAUCGGCGACUAGUGGAUACUGCGUUUGAAAUCCUCGCAUUCCAAGCUUACGGUAAUUCUUCAAGUUCCAAUACUGGCCACGCUAUUUAGCCACUAAGCUCAACUGACGCCACUCUCCCACGAAAGGUGCAAACCGCGGUCGCUUUCGACAUUCCUGUUGGAGACAAGAAGACGGUCUGCCCACCUACUAGAGUUCCGCGACGGUUUAGAAAGCGAAAGGUCGCGCCUGAACGCACUUUGGAGGAAAUGAAAGAGAAAAUGCGCGCUGCCGAGGAGAGGAAAGUAAAGGUAUUGCAGCGCAUCCGAGAGUGCGCGCGCAGUAGGGCUGGAGUUAGCCGACCACACCCCGCGGAGACGUCCGCCCAAGCUACUGCAGCCAAAAUUGCAGCUAAGCAGGCAGCAGCCGAAAGUAAGCGAAAUGAAGAAAUGGAGAAGAAGAAGCAAGCAGGGAACAGAGCGUUAUGGAACAGAAGCAGGAUUGCCGCAGCUCAAGCCUCUGCUAAGACGCAGCUUCAGUCCUCCAUUAAACGGAAGGUGGUAGAGACCGAUAAAAGGAUGCAGAAACAACAGAAGAAGAUUGACAAGCAGAAUAAACUGAGAGGAAAAUACGCCAAGAAAAUCAAAGACAGAAUAACCUUUCUUCAAUGUUACUUUUUAGUCAGGGAUAAUCUAAAUAACUAAUUUGCUAAAAAAAGAUUUUAAUCCGUUAUUGAUUUGACUCCGGAAUAAAAUUCUAAUCUUAGCUAAAAAUUUAGAUGUCCGCAAAUGAAUAUAUGAAAAAUCAUAUAUUUGAACUGCGGAGAAAGAUAUGAAGACAUGAUUGAUCAUUGCAGUUAUAUACACAAUUUAGGCAGUUGUGAAAAAAGCUGACCGGUAGUGCUUCAAAUCGUCUGAUAUUCUAGCAAAAAGACAGUUCAGUCAAUGAAUUGUAGGCCUACAGUUUCAUUUUUGUGGGAUCUACCAGCAAUUUUGCAUGAACGCCGAUCAAAAAUCGAGAAAAUUGCAAUUCAGCCCCUUUGAAAUUUGCAAUG